AUGGAGGCAAUGCUUCAGCAGUCCCGGGCUAUGUGCCCCUUCCUCAAGCGCACCGCUCCCACGACCUUGCGGACCCUGUCGUCCGCCGCUCAUCCGAGCGGCGGCGGUGGCACCAUGUCCAACCUCCAGGUCGUGGCUCGCCGCUGCCCCGUGAUGAGCAAGGCCUUGGCUGUGCAGUCUGCUCGCAUGUCUGGCCUCAAGCGCUUCUCCUCCUCUUCCAGCACUGCCGCCGCUGCGCCGUUGCGCCCGAUGAGCAAGCGCGCGUUGCACACGACCGGGGGUCAUCCCGCCAGUGUCGCCCCCGGCACCUAUGAGAAGACCGAGUCAGUCCAUCCCAGCCUGGCCAAGACAUUGCGCUCGACUCCCGCCGCCCAACCCUCGGUUCGUGGUCCUCGCCCGGCCGCUCCCGUCACUUCUCAGUUCGACUACGAUGCAUUCUACAAUGGCGAAUUGGAGAAGAAGCACAAGGACAAGUCCUAUCGCUACUUCAACAACAUCAAUCGCUUGGCCAAGGAGUUCCCUCGUGCCCACACAGCCUCCGCGGAGGAGCGCGUCACUGUCUGGUGCUCGAACGACUACCUGGGCAUGGGCCGCAAUCCCCAAGUCCUCGAGUCCAUGCACCGGACGCUCGACACCUAUGGUGCGGGCGCCGGUGGUACCCGUAACAUUUCCGGCCAUAACAAGCACGCCGUGGCCCUGGAAGAUACCUUGGCCAAGUUACAUGGAAAGGAGGCUGCCCUGGUCUUCAGUUCAUGCUUCGUGGCCAACGACGCCACUCUAGCCACACUCGGCAGCAAGCUGCCCGAUUGUGUGAUUCUGUCAGACAGUCUCAAUCAUGCUUCGAUGAUCCAAGGUAUUCGCCACUCCGGUGCGAAGAAGAUGGUCUUCAAGCACAAUGACUUGAAAGACCUGGAAGCCAAGCUGGCAUCUCUCCCCCUCCACGUUCCCAAGAUUAUCGCGUUCGAGUCCGUCUACAGUAUGUGCGGAUCAAUCGCCCCGAUUGAAGCAAUCUGUGACCUCGCCGACAAGUACGGUGCCAUUACCUUCAAUGACGAAGUUCACGCCGUCGGAAUGUACGGCCCACACGGGGCAGGUGUUGCAGAGCACCUGGAUUACGACGUUUAUGCCUCGCAGGACACUGCUUCGCCCAAGAGCACCAAGGGCACUGUCAUGGAUCGCAUCGACAUCAUCACCGGUACUCUGGGCAAGGCCUAUGGCUGUGUUGGAGGGUAUAUCGCCGGUUCUGCCAACCUCGUGGACACGAUCCGCUCUCUGGCGCCCGGCUUCAUUUUCACCACCUCUCCCCCCUGCCACGAUGGCGGAGCUGUCAAGACCGCUCUGAAGGAACUGGACAUCCCCGUCAUUCCCAACCCCUCACACAUCGUCCCGCUCUUGGUUGGAGAUGCCGACUUGGCCAAGCGCGCCUCUGAUAAGCUUUUGGAAGAGCAUGGUAUCUACGUGCAGGCCAUCAACUACCCCACCGUACCCCGUGGCGAGGAGCGUCUGCGCAUCACCCCAACCCCAGGCCACGUCAAGCCUCUUCGUGACCACCUGGUCCAGGCGGUGCAGGCUGUCUGGAAUGACCUGGGCAUCAAGCGCACCAGUGACUGGCAGGCGCGAGGUGGCUUCGUCGGAGUCGGCGUUGAUGGUGCCGAGGAGGCCAACCAGCCCAUCUGGAAGGACUUCCAACUUGGCGUGGAUGCUGCCGAGCCUCUCGAAUCUGCCAUUGCUCGUGAGCUCAGCACCGAGGCCGCCGAGAAGGCCAUUUCCGCAUAA